AUGGAGAACAUGGAGGGCACCACAUCCUCAUCUCAGAGGGAAAACAUGUCAACAUCAAAGGAAGACGACUACAACCAAACCCGCAAAGGCAAAUUCCGUUUCAAGAGCAGCAAAAGCUCGCGUUCAAGACACUCCUCCUCAGACCGAAACCCCAAAAGAUCGCAUAGCCCAGUCGAUCAAUCGAAAGAACGCUCUUACAAAAAGCGCCCAAGUCACCGAUCCACAAAAACCCACCAUCAACCAAACCUCAACGAGCACCCCACUCGAACGCUCUCUCCAAACGCUGCAUUCCGUGAAUCCCUCUUCGACGCAAUGGGCGAUGACGAAGGAGCCGAAUACUGGCAAGGAGUCUAUGGCCAACCAAUACACACAUUCGCCGUCCCUCAAGUCGAAGGAGCAACUGGGGAACUAGAACAAAUGGACGAAGAAGAAUACGCAGCGUAUGUCCGCGCCCGAAUGUGGGAGCGCACACGAGACGGAAUGCUCGAAGAACAAGAACGAAUGCGUGCCGAAAAACGACGAAAGAAAGUUCGUGAGGAGUCAACCUACGUGCGUGAUCGUGAGCGCAUGGAAUUUAAUCGCGCGAUGGACGAUAGUUUACGACGUGGAGCCGAGCGUAAGGCUAGAAAGAAGUGGGAAGUGGCCUGGGAGACUUAUCUUGCGCGUUGGGAGGAGAUCGCGAAGGUUGUUAGUGCUGGCUCGGGAUCUAAGGAUCAGGAUUCGACAUCGACGCCGACUUCGAAGCCGCUGCGCAAUUUACUCUUUUGGCCUGUUCUUUCUGGGAAGAGACAGGAUGUUACGUCGGACUCGGUUCGGGAGUUUAUGAGGCAUGCGCCUGCUUCUACGGAUUUAUUGAUUAUUCUUAAGACGGAGCGAGUGAGAUGGCAUCCCGAUAAGAUUCAGCAUCGAUACAGUGGAUUGGGGAUUGAUGAUGUUGUGCUGCGCAGUGUAACUGAGGUAUUUCAGAUUGUGGAUGCGAUGUGGAAUGAGAGGAAUGGACGAACGGGCUGA